UCUCCUGCCUCCGUCGGGCGCCGGGUCUGGUCGCGGCCCCCACUAGCCCUCCGCUUCCAUCCCUCGCCGUGGAGAGCCGGCCAGCGCGCAGGGCCCAUGAGCGCCCGUCUGUAGCGCGCCAGCCUGCGGUGCCCAGAGCCCGAGAGCAGCCAGCAGGUCCCACCUGAGGUGCCCCUGACCGUCCCUGCCCCAUCCCAUCCCGGCAAUGCUAACCGCUGUCUGUGGCUCUCUGGGCAGCCAGCACACCGACGCGCCUCACGCAUCGCCGCCGCGCCUCGACCUGCAGCCUCUUCAGACAUACCAGGGCCACACGAGCCCGGAGGCCGGGGACUACCCCUCCUCGCUGCAGCCUGGAGAGCUGCAGAGCCUCCCGCUGGGCCCGGAGGUGGACUUCUCACAGGGCUAUGAGCUGCCUGGGGUCUCCUCACGGGUAACCUGCGAGGACCUGGAAAGCGACAGUCCCUUGGCUCCGGGACCCUUUUCCAAGCUUCUGCAGCCGGACAUGUCACACCAUUACGAAUCGUGGUUCCGGCCAACUCACCCAGGCACGGAGGAUGGCUCGUGGUGGGACCUUCAUCCGGGCACCAGCUGGAUGGACCUCCCCCACACUCAGGGAGCGCUGACCUCACCGAGCCACCCGGGAGCGCUUCCGGCUGGCUUGGGGGGCUACGUCGGAGACCACCAGCUCUGUGCUCCACCGCCCCACCCGCACCCGCACCACCUCCUCCCAGCCGCCGGAGGGCAGCACCUCCUCGGGCCCCCCGACGGGGCUAAGGCCUUGGAAACCGCGGCGCCAGAGUCCCAGGGGCUGGAUUCCAGUCUGGACGCGGCGGCCCGACCCAAAGGCUCCCGGCGGUCGGUGCCCCGUAGCUCGGGGCAGACGGUGUGCCGCUGCCCCAACUGCCUGGAGGCGGAGCGACUGGGGGCUCCAUGCGGGCCGGAUGGGGGCAAGAAGAAGCAUUUGCACAAUUGCCACAUCCCGGGCUGCGGGAAAGCCUACGCCAAGACGUCGCACCUGAAGGCGCACCUGCGGUGGCACAGCGGCGACCGUCCCUUCGUGUGCAACUGGCUCUUCUGCGGCAAGCGCUUUACGCGCUCCGACGAGCUGCAGCGCCACCUCCAGACCCACACCGGCACCAAGAAGUUUCCCUGCGCCGUCUGCAGCCGAGUCUUCAUGCGCAGCGACCACCUGGCCAAGCACAUGAAAACCCACGAGGGCGCCAAAGAGGAGGCUGCGGCGGCGGUCCCCGGCGAGACCAAGGCCGGCGGGGCGGUGGAGACACCCGGCAGCAAAGGCAAGCGCGAGGCGGAGGGCAGCACCGCAUCUUCCAACUGAGCCCCUGGGGCGCUGCAUCCCUGCUGGUCUCCUGCGGGCAUCGGAAAAGAGUCUUUAGCGGGGCGGCCUGA